AGCAUAUAGCAGCCAUACAUUCUGCUGUACGAAUGUCGGACUGAAUAGCGUUAAACAUUCGAGGUGAAUUGAUUUUCAAUCUAGGCAGACUUCAAUGCCGAUCAAGUGAUACCUCAUACCGGACGAAACACCCUCUUCCGCAACGACCGCCAAGAUGUCCGACGAUCACCCCAUCAACGUGACCUACACCUCGACCCCGACAACUCUCCGACAUCUUCCUUACAUCUUGUCCUCUCUCAAUUCUCAAUUGCCGCUGAGAAAUUUCCAUUGGAAGUCCGCGACCAAGCCAUCGGUCAGGACCGUACAAGAAUGCGAUGUCAAGCUGCACAAGCUGGUCGAUGUUCAGACGAGACAACAGGAAUCGAAGUUACCCAAAGAUAUAGAAGCAGGGAGCUUGGUGGAUGGUAGUCUGGUACACAUGUGUUUUGUGGAAUGCGAGGACAAUGAAGCCUACAAGUCGUCCGUCCGGCCAUACAUCACAUCGUGGAUAACAUCUCUACCACCGGCCCACCAAUCUCACGCUCAGAACCUCAUCGUUCUCGUCAACAAUGCGACGUCAGGGGCUAAUGCGCAGGCUUCUGAUACGGGCAAAGGAGCUGGAAGCAUGUUCACGAACCUCCGUUCGGCGGCUACAGGUAGCACCGCUGCUAGUAUCCUCUCGAAGCUCAAGUCGGACUUCGGUAUCACCACGGCAACGAACGAGAAAGCAAAUCUCUCCUCGACCAAUUUAGCUGGAACUUUGACCGCACCUGUGACUCGGGUCAUCUCCCUACCGCUGCCAGCUCAAGCUCCUGUCACACAAAAGGCAUCGGUAGCGGACCCUACAUUGUUCCUGGACCUCACGCAGGCGCUGAAAGAAUCCAUCAUCGGCGCCUUGGACGAUAUCGUUAGAGAACGCGAAGACGCCGUCAGGAAGGGGGAAGCGUCUAUGCGGAUUCCUGGGGGUAGCGGUGGAUGGAACUGGAACAAAUUCUUUGCAUGCAAAGAGUCGUUGGCGUUGACAUACGAACGGAUGAGCCUUUUCGAGGACGCCCUUUUGACGUAUGACGAAUUGGAAGCUUCUAUGGCGCAAGUGGCUAGAGAUACCUCGGUCUUCGUGGGUCGGACGGGCACGGAAAGGAUUGCGACGGACACUGCGCCGCUGUUCCCGCCCGCAAACUCUGCGAGAAAUCGCUCCCAAUCUCCGUCAUCAACGUAUACGAUAUACGAGUACCACGUGUAUCUGUUCCGCCGGCAGGUCGAGAUCCUCCUCAACAGCUAUGAAAUGGGAGUGACUACGCUGGGUGGGAAAGCAAAUCCCGUCCAGAUUGUCGAGAGAGGGAUGAGGUGGAUUUUGAACAUGGGCCGGUGGCUCAGGGAGAACUCGGCUUCCAACAUGACCGACACAAUUGAGGCGUUCCUCUACGACUCGGUCUUGGAGGUCGACGCGGUAUGUCGAACGAUGGAGGCCCGUAGCUAUAACGCGGCUUCUGUCGCAAAAGACGGAUCGGAGACCGAGAGAAGGGUCUUCCUCGCGGCUAGGGGCGAACUUCUUAAGAUAGCAAUACUACAGAUGGACAGAAUAGGCCUCAAGAACGGGAUUUUCCCCCACGCAUACCCUUUCUUGCAGUCGUCUCAGCUAUUACCACAAAAGGAUUCGAUCCUGUUCGACGUCCCGGCAUCCCCGAUCAUAGCAGAGACGGCGAAAGCUGAAGAAUCAGCCUCAGGGUCGACAAGACAGUUACUUGAAGCAAUCAACGACAGGGAAAGAUUCUAUUCAUCGUAUCUUGCACAUGUAGAUGACGCAAAGUCUGUUGAGCUCGGGAGCGGGAGGGUCCGAGUCAGAUUUAGUCUCGACGAGCGGAUUGCAGAAAUCGCGUAUCAUCGAGGCGAGCUCGACGCUGCCAGGCUCAUCUACAUCGGUCUUUGUCGAGACUAUCUUUCGGACGAGGCUCGGCAAGCUGGUAUGGCUGGAUCUACUUGGUACCCCGUCCGUAUGCGAGCUUUGGCACGUACUGUCGAGUGUCACGAUCGUCUAGGCACGCCCGUCGACAAGACAUUCGUAAUGCUUGGUCUGGAAUAUCUAAGCCUGGUUCCGACGUCGAGCAGUACAUGGUCUCAAGAUGAUGGAAAGACAUUAUGCCAGGAAACGACUCGGCGGAUUUCCGAAGCGGUCGAUCGGUUUAACCAAGUCGAAUUCGAGCAAGACAUUGACGUGUAUGAUCAUCCGAUCUUUGAGCUCGAGUUGCGCUCUCAUACGGCCGAACCACUUCUUACAGAGGACGGGUCGAAGAUACGUAUAAUCAUAACAAAUCGGGCGCCAUCCACACUCGAAGUAGACAAGGUUCAGGUGUGCCUCGUUGGGCAGGGACAGCAGAACGUCUGGUAUACGUCGGACGCCGAGAUCUUGACAGAGGGUGAGAAUGAAGUGGUCUUGACCAGUUUGAUGCCACUCUCGGGGGUGUUUACCCUCGGGUCAUGCAAGCUUCGGACUGGUCGAUUGAUGUUCGAAUAUGGGAGUAGAGACCAGACAACGAGCCUGGCCAGCAGGAUAAUGCGGGUACCAGCCGAUCCCGAAGCCUUCAAAGCUAACCUCGAUGUACCCCUCGAAGUCUCCCUUGAGACAGAACCUAGGUUGAACUUGACCUUAUAUUCGGGACGCAACCGGAUUCGGGAUGCCGCUAUCAAUCUGACAUCAGAUACGGAAGGAGUCACGUUCUAUUACCCCGGGUCAACAUGCUCUGGAUCACAGACUCUUCAAGCGUCAGCUCAGGGAGUCAUCAUUAGCGGUGUCGAUCCGGCCCACAAGCUGGUGAUAUCCAUACCUUACGUGACGGAAGCGAAAAGCGACGAUGUGGUGAUCCGCCUGAGCGUUGACUACCGGACGACAGAUGAGCCCGAAGUAAAGCGGGUGUAUCGAAUCUCGCAAAACCUCAACCUCGCGCUACCGCUCGCUGUCAAUGUGCAAGACUUUUUCCGACCGGAUUGUCUCAUAUCGAAAUUUACCGUCUCCACAGCGGGUCACGGUCCGAUCCGAACACGCUCGGCCGUCGUGUCCUCCGAUCAAGGCGAUCUUGAUGUCAUCCCGUUCGCUACUGGCGGGCAAGAGAGGGACGUCACAACAGAGUCGCCUGUGCCGUACGUCUUCAAGAUCACCCAACGUUCUCCUCAUACCAAUCUCCAAGGUAGACAACUGCGACUAGUAUUAGCGUACCAGCUUGAAUUUGAUGACGCCGAGACGUGGCGUUCUCUGACAAUACCUGUCGAGGUACCACCAAUGCAGAUCAUCUCGCAAUCCGCCUUGCAAUUCCCCUCGGGGGAUUUCGACUACCGAGUCGGAGAGCCUAUCGACGUUCGGGUUCGGAUAGAAACAUCGACUGCUUGGUCUUCUGAUCCAGAUGAGGAGCCUAUAACCAUGAUGUACGAUGUCAUCGCGGACAAGGAGGCAUGGCUUGUCGCCGGGCCCAAGAGAGGAUCAUAUCGGGCAGAUCCGAAGCAACCCUUCGAGACCAAGAUCAUAUUGAUCCCGCUGAGACAUGGCCUUCUUGCCUAUCCCACUAUCGUGACACAGCCUCUACCUCACGAAAUCGGUUCGAGAGCUCAUCAACAAGGAGUAGCUUCCUUUGAGAAUUACCAACAGGAUGCAGCGGAUGCGAUCCAGGUCUUUCCGGAUACGACGGAGAGGACUGGCGUUGUGCAUGUAUUGAGGGAGUUGGGUCGUGUGAGGGAUAGCUGGGGGAGCGAGAGGGAGGUGGGCGUCAUUGUAGGAUAGGCCAUUUGCAACAAGCGAGAAUCAAGGUUUCCCGGACCUGACCGGGAUCGGGCGUCCGGCAACGACUUCGGCAGUGAUGAGCGCUAGAAGGUCUUGGCGUGUGAAGUGAUGGUUGAGUGAACGUCUCUUGCCGGGAGUAUAAGUACUAGCGACUGUCCUCGAUGCAGCGGGAAC